AUGUCAGACGCAGAGGAAGAGGAGGUGCUCAUCGAAACACCUGCGUGUGAUGAUGAUGAUGAUGAUGAUGACUACUGGGGUCACUGGUGGGUUCAGAUUGAUUAUGUAGUUUGUGUUCAAGCAUUUUCAUCCAUCCAAGGUGUCAUCUGCUCCACACCACCCCCUGCUACCAUGGACAACAUUCCCAGGAGGUGGGUGCUGAAGCCUUUGUCCCCCCCGCUGCAUCCGUCUGACCUACGUACUAUGGCGGGUCCAAGCAAUGGUGAAGAUCAUUUUAUGGCCACCGACAGUGUCACUGACUCCCUCCAAGAGCACGGUGGGUUCAGGGAACUGGUGGUGCAGAGCCACCAGGUCACCGUGUCACAAGAUGGCGACGACAGCAGUGACGAUUUGUGUUCCGGCAGUCCCAGCAGCAGCUUAGGCUCUCACUGUGGGUUCUACUCCUUCGUGGAGGAUCCAACCAGUCCAGAAGCAGAGCUGAAUGAGGCGUGGAUGGUCUCACCUCAGCGGCAGGUUCAUCUCACGACCCUGAAGGAGGACAAGGCCUUCAAAGUGCAGACAUACAACAGUGGCAGGAAACCAGAGAUUAUGUUCUCAGAGUCAGAGUCACAGUACAAACUCCAGCCGGAAGACCUCUGCGAAGUAUUUGGGCCAGAAGAAGAGAAGCAACUGAGGAAGGAUAUCAUUCGGAAGCAAGCCCCAAAGAAGAAGCCAACAUCCAAGAUGAGUGUGCUGGAGAAUCUGGAUCGCAGUAGGUCUACAAAUUCACUGACAGAAGGUUUCAGUGUGAGCUACAGUUCCAGCAGGCUAGAACCCUGCCGCCCUGCCGAACCUGGAACGAUUAUCAGUGACCAGAUCGACUUCAGUGCAGCUCGGCAGCAGUUUAUGAAGCUAGAACAGGACGUGCGGAAUGCCCCCGUCCACCCCGGGAGGCCAAGGGUGUCCUGGAAGGUGGAGGAAGAGGACGCAACAAGGUCAGAGCCGUCUGGGGAAGGUGAAACCUUUGAGGACUGGAGAAAAACUGAGAAUGACUCCAACGGCCUCAAUGAUGAAGACUUCACUAAGAACGACUUGCUGGUGGAGGUGCAUAGCGGCUACAUCAGCGACGAGGAGGUGUUUGAUGAAAGAAUACAAAGUGGAAGUAAAGGAAAGUACUACCUUAACAAUGAGACCCCGAUUGAGCAGGAGAUCCGUUUAGUUCAGGAACGUGAGGAGAAUCUCAGACACUUGCGACGCCUGAAGCACAGUGACGGAUGCUCAGAGAUGGUGGAGAUCCGAACCAAGAGGAUGAAGUCACCACUAACAUCUAUUGAGGCCACAGAGAAGAAGCAUGUGGGCUUCAUCGUUCAGCAAGACAACCACAACAAGAACCAAAAGCAGGAGGUCUCUGAUCUGCCACAGGGGUUUUCAGCCACAAAGGAGAAACCGCAGGACCCAGCGGCCUUUCUGUCCCCUUGUUGUCCUCAUCGGCACGCUGAAGAAACCUCCUCCUCCCGUCCGCCAUCCUGGACCAAACCUUAUUCCUGGCGGGACAACCAGGAGUCCACCGGUUUACAGUGUGGGAAAAAAGGGGCCCUGGAGUUCAUUGAGAAGGAAAUCCAAGAUGCUUUGCGACGGGAACAGGAGCUUCGCGAGUCCAGGGAAUCCAGGGGGUCCAGUGAGUCCAGGGAGCCCAGGGAGCGUAGUCUCUUCUCUCCAGCCCCUUUAGUAGAGCAGGUAUCCAGAAUGUUCUCCAACCAGUUUGACCUGUCAAAAAACUCAGAGGACGUCUCAGAGUCUUGUCCGACUGUCUCCUUGGUGACCUCCUCCCAUGCACCGCCGCCUUCUAAAGGCCUGACGGGGGCACUGCUGCGGGACUUUGAGGAACGACGAGUGAGACUAAAGCUCGACGAGAGCUCGUAUGCUGGGAUUCAGCCCAUCGAUGACAUCAACAACCAGGUCGUAGAAUCAACGCGGGUAGUGAGACAUAAAAACCAGCGAGCUCUUCGCUGGGAGGCAGGGGUCUUUGCCAACCAACUGGACCACUGAGACCCACAGGACUGCAUCCAGAUCCACAUCCAGACCCAGCACUUCACACCGAGUACAGGUGCAGGUCAAGAGUACUGAGUCGGUUGAAUGUGUGGUCGUUUGCUGAGUGGUCAGUGCUCAUGCAGGAGGGUUUGCGUCAGAAGGGGACAAUGACAACAUUACUGUCAUUAGUUAGUGUUCAUAAUGAUGAUGAUCAGGACGAAGCUCAAAAUGAAUGCUGAUCGCUUCCUUCAAUCAUGAAAACACACAUGUUCACUGUUUCCAUGGCAAUAUGCUGGUUGGCCUCCAGGAAAUAAAGUGUGUGUGUUUGUGUGUCUGUGUGUGUGUGUUUUGAAGCGCCUUAUCGCCAUCAGCACUGUUUCCAUGGCUACUGCAUGAUGAGCCUCAAGUUGCAGGACAUAAGGCAGCGGAUGUGUGUUUUAGACAUUAAAUACAUUUUAACACACACACACACACACAGACAUAUACUCUACAGUCAUGGAAAAAAUGAUUAGACCACCCUUGUUUCUUCAGUUUCUUGUUCAUUUUAAUGCUUGAUACAACUAAAGGUACCUUUGUGUGGACAAAUAUAACAAUGAAACAAAAAUAGCUCAUAAGAGUUACAUUUUUUGGCAGUACAAUGCUAUAGCUAUUCAUGUAAGAACUUAAGUGAUUUUGGUUAUGAUCAAGAAAACCAUGGAAGUUGCUAGAUAUCAGCUCUUCAAUUAAACUCUUAUGAGCCAUAUUUGUUAUCAUCAUUAUAUUUGUCCAAACAAAUGUACCUUUAGUUGUACCAGACAUUAAAAUGGAUCAAUAAACUGAAGAAACAAGGGUGGUCUAAUCAUAUUAUCCAUGACUGUAUAUACAUAUAUUCACACAUACACACUCACAUUUAUAUUUAUAGUAUAUGUGUAUAUACUGUACACACAUGACAUAUCAAUGAUUUAGUUUCCUAAUGAUUGAUUUGAACCGUUCUUUUUCGAGUGGUGUAAUGACAAUACCACAUCCAUCCAUCCAUCCAUCCAUCCAUCCAUCCAUCCAUCCAUCUUGUAUGCCGCCUAUCCUACAAUACAACACACGUCUUCAAAAAACGUGUGCCUUAAAUGUGUCUUAGCAAGUUUCACCUCAGUCUAACACUUUUUCCUCGGCUUCUGAACUAACUGUGCUUGGAUAUUUAACCAUUUUUAUUGGCAGAAAUGGUUUUCUGGCUUUUAAGGAUAGUCCACAUUUGUUCUGUCGGGUUGAGGUCAAGGUCAUUCUAGAAGCAUAAUUGUAGCCUGCUUUAUGUAUUCCAAUACCGGUUUUGAUGUGUGUUAGGAAUCAUUGUCCUGCUGGGACACCCAAUUGUGUCCAAGUUUCAGAUGCCCAGCUGUUAAUUUGAGGUGAAUCUUAAGAAUUUGGAGGCAGUCCUCCUCAGCCCAAGCUGAGGAUGCUACCACCACCAUGCUUGGCAGCAGCUUCCAGUUCAUGGCAAACUUGAGUGUUUGUGGUUCCUGGGUUGUUCUUGAAGAUCCUAACCAAUUUUCUUGGGUAUCUGUCAUCUUCUAGACCUUGGCAAAGUGGUGACGCAUUAAAAUAUAUUCUUCCGAUAUACAAUGGUUUGAAUUGCAGUUGUUUAAAAUGUCUCCAAAAGAUGUUCCCAAUUUGUGUAAAUUAACAAUUUUCUUUCUUAGAGCUUUACUGAGUUCCUUUGACUCUCCCAUUGUUUUGAAUAUUGGUCCAGACAUCGUUUUAUGCCGUCAGAGACACUAUCAGCUGCAGUCAAUCAUGAUCACUAAUAAGUUAGCCUUAUCAGGUUCAAGACAAUCUGGAAGCUCCAGCACCAAUUAUAAAACGUAGGUUCUUGUACGGUAUGUGUAAAUGAGAGAAAAGUAAAUUCAACUGUGUGCAUUUCUUGCGUUUAAAAAUCAUUAUAAUUAUCAUUAUAACCUGGAAAAAGACUGGUUCAAAUAAAACAUUAAGGGCCCAAAAUUAGAUAUUCAAGCCCAUGAUGAGAGUAUGUAAACAUUUGACUGGAACUGUGUACAAUAGUAUUUCUUUUGUGAAGACAAUAGUAGUAGUAGUAGUAGUAGUAGUAGUAUUCCCUUUGUGAAGAGAAAUCCAAAUGAACAAUUGUAUUGUAAAGUGAAGAAGACGUUUUAUUUGAUAUUUGACGGUAACAUGCAGCAUGUGUUUACAUUCAAUAAAGUUUUUCACAUUGAAACAUUGUUUGCUGUCUGCUCACAGCAACAAUAAAUGUUUUUUUUUUUUAAAGAUGUGUUCAACCUGUCACCAUGUGGCCUUGCAAACACAAUCUCGAAAAGCCCCCGCUGAUCUUUAAUUGGAUGAAAAGUCCAAAAUGUGACGUCACUUGGAGACGGGAAGUUUGUCACUGAGAGCCAGAUUUAUGCAACAUUUUACCCGUUGGUCGGAAAGUCAACAUUAGCGACACAAAUUUCAUUUUUACACAAAAAUAUCACUGCUUUUUCCUGUAUUUGUCUCCUUUCAGUCGCUUUAACCCCGCCCACUUACUCAUUGACGAGAGGCAUCAACAAUUAACAUGUUGUCAUUUUGCCACGCACGCACACACACAAUAUUUACCUUCACCAAUCAGAGCCGAAGGCACACACACACAAACAUGCUGAGAAUCACCAAGGCAACCGAGCUAUCACAACACUGUUAAUACAGCAAUUCAGUGUGAGGCCGUUAAUAAGCCACGCCCACUGUGUUUCACUCAGUAGUUGAAGCUUCACAUUCUGCGAAUCAGUUCAUAAUAAUCCAUUCCGGCCUUUAUUUUGAAAGUCACAGGACUAAUCCUUCAUUCUUCGACUUUGGAAACUCUUGAACUGGUUUUCCUCAUCAGUCUGCUGGCCGUCUCGAUCCAGAAGAACCAGCGCCGUCUUGCGUCUCAUUGCCAUUUCCCUCCUCUGCGCGUCUGUCAACACCUCAAACUGUUGCUGAGGCGGGGCCGGAUCUGCUGGCAUGCCGCUGGAUCGAUGCGGCCGGAAGCUGCUGCCGGAAGCAGAGGAAUCUCCUCGUUGGAGGCUGUUAAGGUCAUAGGUGUCACGUAGGUCUCCUCCGCCCCACUCCCACGGACGGCCAUUUUGGGCGGGGGGUGGAGCUUGGGCGAGAGGAUGGUGGGUGGCGUGGGCGUUCACGGUGACGAUUCCCUCCCGCUGCUUCUCGGAGGUCGGCCGGUAUCGUGGCGAUGUGGCAGCAGAAGAAGUUCCAGAGCAGGUGGAGGCAGUUUCUGAAGAUUUUUCACCUGAAGAUGAAGACCCCAGCAAGCCUUGCUGCUUGGACAUGGCGACGACCUGCAUCAGUCGUGGCUGGUUGGCUGCGACGCGACCUGACGCGUCCCCGCUUGUCUUCUCUCUUAUGGCUUGCCACUUGGCGCGGGCCAGCAAACUCUUUGGUGAGACCGGUGGGGGUACUGCUUCAGGGAUCUGAGGUGGUCUCGGGGUUGCUAUGGCUUUGGCUCCACCCGGAGGAGGAGUGCGGUUGCGACUGGAGGCGGUCUUGCCAGAUGAAAACGCAGGCAGGCAGACGGGGACCUGAGAGCCUCGAUCAUCUGUCCCCGCCUCCAAGCCAUCUUCGCUGGUCUCGUUCUCAUCCCUCAUGCUCUGGACUCGCAUCUCCAUAGACUUCUGCUUCCAUUCCGACAACA